AUGGCCAGUCGGUACACACAGUGUGGGCCCUUUCAAGCCCAGAAAGUGAAGAAGUACCAGCCGGUGCAGCAGACGCCGCCCACACCACAGGGCGAGGACUGCCGCGUGAAGUGCAAGGACUGCGGAGCCUUUGGGCACAGAGCGAGCAGCCUCAGGUGCCCCAUGAAGCGCUGGCAAGGGGCCCAAGCCCCCCAGCCCCUGGGCGCCAUACGUGGGAAAGAGAACCUGGAGCCACGGAAGGUGCAGGGCCUGUGGACCCCGCGGACCUCGAGCACGGCCGCGAGGGAGGAGGGUCAAAGGCCAAGACAAGAGCAGCAGAGGAAGCCCCUCCAGCGACUUCCCCGGGGACCCCAGCCGCAGCAGCGUGGGAAGGAAGCCUCGGAGCCCGGUGGCUGUGUUGAGUGUCCAAACACGCCGAUGCUCAUCCAGACAUCCUGGAGGAAAUCUGUCCUGGAACCUGAUAGAGCAAGCAGGUCACCCAUCAGGAAAGAUGACAUGAAUUCCACCUGCCCGUCAGUGUUUCCCAUCAAGAGAGGUUUGGUCCAGGACUCCAAAAGCAGCAUCAAGAUGCUAGGUGAGAAAUCUGCCCAGAUCUCCAUCCAGGCUUGUCUGAACCCCCCAAAGAAACCCAGACUCAGCCUCGUCCAGAUUCCCCAGAGGAGCACACUGAGACCAGAUCUGGGGGUUUUGCAGAAUCUCCAUUCUCCACCCAGUACAACUGGACAAGGACCAACAGGGUCACCCCAAGUCAACAGGAAGACACCCGCCCAGGGGCAAAGCACUGACCUCCAAUCUCAAGCCAACAGAUCUCCCCCCAAUACUGUCCAGGCCUGCUCUGUACCCUGUCUUCCACCCAUUAACCAUGUUCCAAGCUAUCCUCUUAGGAUGGUCUUCAUAAGAUUAAGCAAAGGUGAGUGGAGCUGCAGGUACAUGACAUCUCCCUCUUUCCACCCUGCUGAGAAGCCAAGCCCUCCUGGUCAGAGCCUUCCCAUCUGCAGGAAGUCUGAGGGACGCUAUGCCCCUGGCUCCUUGAGUGUCCUCUAUGAUGACCUUCAGGUUUCCUCUUCCUCUGAGGAUAGUGACUGGGAGUGA